CCGCUAUAAAACCCCCCCUUCCUCCUUCCUCCAAUCAAAAACUCAACCAGCGCUUGACUUCUUUCUUCUUCCCUGGUCCAGUCUUCUUCUUGCACUCGUGCUUUGAUUUCCAUGGCGCCGGCGACUUCUGCUUCCGAGGACUGCGCGGGGUGGCUGCUGUACGCGUCCCUGGCCGCGAGAUGCAACGACGGCGGUGAGGCCUACCGGGCCGCCGUCUUCGCCAUGGCCCUGCUGGCCACCAGUUUCAUCCUCACCUCGCUCCUCCACUGGGCCUCCACCCCCGGCGGCCCGGCCUGGGGACGCUACCGCUGGACUUCCACCACCUCUCGGGCCGCCAUUAGCACUAGCCCUCGCAUCCCCGGCCCGCGCGGGCUGCCGGUGGUCGGCAGCAUGGGCCUCAUGACGGGCCUGGCCCACCGCAAGCUCGCCGCGGCUGUCGCCGCCGGGGGAGACGACGAAGAGGAGAGGUCCCAGCGGAGGCGGCUGAUGGCGUUCUCGAUGGGCGAGACGCGGGCCGUGGUGAGCUCGGACCCGGCCGUGGCCCGCGAGCUGCUGUCGAGCCCGGCGUUCGCGGACCGGCCCGUCAAGGAGUCCGCCUACGGGCUCCUCUUCCACCGCGCCAUCGGCUUCGCGCCCCACGGCGCCUACUGGCGCUCCCUCCGCCGCGUCGCCUCGGCGCACCUCUUCUCGCCGCGCCAGGUCGCCGCCUCCGCCGCCCACCGCGCCGCCAUCGCCCGCAGCAUGGUUGGCUCCGUCUCCGCCAUCGCCAUGGGCUCCGGCGAGGUCGAGGUCCGCCGGUUCCUGAAGCGGGCGGCGCUGCACGGGGUCAUGUGGUCCGUGUUCGGCCGGAGGUACGACGGCACGGCGGCGCCGGAGCUGGGGAAGAAGGAGGAGGAAGAGCUGAGGAGCAUGGUGGAAGAAGGAUACGAGCUCCUCGGCAAGCUCAACUGGGCCGACCACCUGCCAUGGCUGGCCCGCUUCGACCUCCAGGGGAUACGGGCCCGGUGCGCCGCCCUCGUGCCACGCGUCAACCGCUUCGUCGGCAAGAUCGUCGACGACCACCGCGCCGCUGCUGCCGCCGACGCCGGCGAUCGUGUCGUGGACUUCACCGACGUUCUGCUAUCCCUUCAAGGCGCCGACAAGCUCUCCGACGCCGACAUGAUCGCGGUUCUCUGGGAGAUGGUGUUCCGUGGCACGGACACGAUGGCGGUGGUGAUGGAGUGGGUGCUGGCCCGGCUGGUGAUGCACCAGGACGUGCAGGCCAGGGUCCAGGAGGAGCUGGACCGGGUGGUCGGGCCGGGCCAAGCCGUCUCCGAAUCGGACGCGGCCCGGCUCGUCUACCUCCAGGCCGUUAUUAAGGAGACGAUGCGGCUGCACCCGCCAGGCCCCCUGCUCUCAUGGGCCCGGCUCGCCACAUCGGACGUUCAUGUGGGCGGGUUCCUCGUGCCAGCUGGCACCACCGCCAUGGUUAACAUGUGGGCCAUCACCCAUGACCCGACCGUGUGGGCGGAUCCGCUGGAGUUCAACCCCGACAGGUUCAUUGUCGGAGCCGUUCCGUUGUCGGAAGGUCAUCAUAAUGCCGUUCCGGGCGCUGAGUUCUCCAUAAUGGGCUCGGAUCUCAGGCUCGCGCCAUUCGGAUCGGGCAGGCGGAUCUGCCCCGGGAAGCCACUGGCGAUGGCCAGCAUCGGGUUUUGGGUCGCGACGCUCCUCCAUGAGUUCAAGUGGACCUCGGCGCCACGUGGUGACGUCGACCUGUCGGAGGUGCUGAGGCUGUCAUGCGAGAUGGCCGCCCCGCUCAAGGCGAGGCUCACACCAAGGCGCCCUGUGUGAUGAUAUGCCGGAGCCACCGACCACUUCUUCACCGGACUAGUCCUGUCUAUCUUCUUUGCUUAUUUUCUCUCUACCGAUGCCUGUAGUGAAAAAAAAGAAGUAAUGUCCCGGUUUGGAAACGUGCCUGCUGCUAUAAUAGGUCCGGUCCUGGUCGUACUUCUCUAGUCCUUUUGCUGUACUUAGCUUAGCUAAAAGAGAUGCUAAAUUAGGUACUUAUGAACUACUAGUAUUAUAAGGAAAUGAGUGUGACAGUUUUCUUGUGUGUUUUCCCUUUGCUGCCUAGCUAGAGGUUUCUAUGCAUGUAAAUACCUUUAUAUUUCCCAAUGCAAGCCUUUGUUUGCUAA